AUGGCUUUCUCGUCCAAUGUCGGUCCAGCAGUGGAAAGCGUCAAUAUGUGGGGAAACAUGCCUGCAAUAGACCUUCUCAACCUUCUCCAGAAAGAAGGGACGCUUGACGACGAUAUGGCGAUUGCUUUCAUAGCAUCGGGCGAUAUGCGCGACGUAGUCCGCACCGUGAAUGAGUUGCCGCUCGAGUAUACAGGCGAGCUCACUAUCUUGAUCAAUGACCGCAAUCACAUAGUUCUCUCACGAAACCUUGCACUACUGCUGCUGCUGGGCACCCUCGAGGAUAAACGUCGAGCGGCGGAUAUCGCGGCCCAUUUCUGGUACUCCGCCUUUGUUCCAGAACUGUACCACACGCAGUUGCAACUUGUCAUGCGCAAAGCAUUGGAAUUCAUACCCCAUCACACUGGCGACGUUACAUGUACGCUGACACCUACGUCUCGUGUUGAGGGCUGCAUUGGCCAGGUAGCCGCCAGUUAUCUGGGGCUAUGCUCAAUCAUAAGCACCGCAUACGAUGCCAAUGACGCACUCAACGAACUUUCGCGUGCACGGCUUGUCGAAACCAGUGAAGAUGGCCUCCACCGUCAAUAUUGGCCACUUGAAUCAUCUCAUCGACUCGCAUAUCACGAGUUUCGAAAGUAUGGUCUUCUCCUUCCCUUCGGCGCAGCGAACGCACACUUCGACCAUCCCAAUCGACUGCUCUUUUCACUCGAUGGCAAGUGGAUGCAACCUGAUAGAGUCAACCCACUUAACGGCUGGCACAUUCCGUCUGUGAUCAAGACGGGGAAAAAGCACGGUGCUCUGCCAAUGGACAUCUACGGGUGCCUGUAUUUCUACGUCACAGACCAGCUGCGCGAAUUCGCAGAACGCCUCACCAAACUCCGUAUCACAUUCAAGAUGUUUGGCAUGGAUGCAAGCAAACUUGCUUUAGAGCUGAAGUCUGGUAGACUAGAAACUCAUGGAAUUCCAGCCAAUUUCCGCUUUGACCGUAUCGACGUGUCGAAUCUGAUGGACACCCACUACCUCGGUGUUCGGCCUGUUAUCCAAUCGUGGGGUCCCCUACUGAAGAAAACCGAGCAUGCGACGCUUGUCGGUCAUUUCAUAAACUGGGUUUUAGGACAUCCCAAGGCGGUGCCUGGACACCACGAUAUAGCACGUAUCAAGAAAAAAUGCGAAGAGGAGAAUUUGGGUCCAGCAGUUCCACCGGAGAGCUCGCGCAAUGUUCACGACGCACACCUUGAGCGGUCGGCCAUCUUCUUUACAUCCGCAUACCAUGUGUUGUACGAUAGUUCCGGGCCUUUCCAAGAGUAUUUAUCGAAUCAUAACAUCCAUACGGCGCUUCGCAAGACUGGCCUCAAAUUAAAGCGUCACCACGACCUCGUUCCACAUAGACUAGAGGGAUCGUUCAAAGUGCCCAGUGCCGUUCCAUCGUUCCGUGAUGCUCGGAGCUGGUACCAGAAUGUCACGACCAGUGAUCAUACAUGGUCUGAACGCUACAUAGAGCUCACAUGGGCAUAA